AUGGACUAUUUGCGAACUCUUGGCUCGGCAGCCGUAUCUUCCCUUGUUCAGAAAUCGGGUCUCAACCUUCCGUUCACGCUUGGCCAACGCAUCAAUGCUUACGAUAAUAAGUCGAUAUGGAACCUAUACGACGCCGUGAAGCGGGAUGACUCCUCGCCAGCAUCUGUCUUUGAAUUCGACGGCACAAAACGCAACCUCUUGCCCCUCGCGAAGAAUGCCUUGCGCAAGCUGCGGACUGUGCGGCAUCCUGAUGUUCUGAAGUUUCUGGACGUGGUCGAGACGGAGACUACGAUCUUCAUCAUGACGGAAAGGGUCCAACCUCUAUCUGCUGCUCUCUCCUCGUGGAGGGGUAAAGGGGUCGUGGAGAAGGAAGAUUGGCUUCUAUGGGGCUUGCAUCGGAUAUCUGUAGCUUUGGCGUUCGUGAAUGAUGCGGCCUCGUCCACACACGGAAACAUAUGCCCCAAUUCCAUCUUCAUCUCGCCAUCUGGGGAAUGGAAGCUUGGAGGCUUCGAGCUUCUGAGCAACCCUCAGGAUGAGGCCGCGGUACUCUAUAACAUGGGCAGUCUCUUGCCUGGCACCUUUGAGCACAUGCCCCCAGAAGUGAGGAAAGGUGGGUGGUCCGCUUUGAAGGAGCACAACCCAGCAGUUGCAGAUGCGUAUGCUUUUGGGCUGCUUCUUCACGCGGUUUUCAACCAAGAUCAGCCGCCUCCGGCCACCUUCAAUCCGCCUCAUCCACCUCCCUCCCCGUCGUCGCGGGGUGCCAUCCCUACAUCGGUUUUCCCUUCGUUCAAACGACUAUUGAACCCGAGUCCCAAAUCCCGACUAUCGACCAAGGGCUUCCUCGAAAUUGGUAUGGCAGAAACGGGUACUGAAGGGGCCGGCUUUUUUAUGAACAAUCGACUGGUGAAAGUUUGCGCCGGUCUCGACAAUUUUGCGUUGAGCAGCGAAGCGGAGAAAUCCACUUUUCUAAGGACGCUGAAGGAAUCUAUGUCCUCAUUCCCGGCCGAAUUCGCAUCGUAUAAAGUCUUGCCAUCACUUGUUUCAGCGCUUGAAUAUGGUGGGGCGGCUGCUACUGCAAUUAUCCCGCUCGUCUUGCAGAUCGGCAAGAAUGUCUCCCCUGAUGACUACUCCGGUAUCAUACUCGCGCCCCUCGUAAAGCUGUACGCUAGCCCAGAUCGUGGCACGCGAAUGGCUCUGUUAGAGCACUUAUCUGAGUAUUGUGAUAAACUCGAUAAGAAGACCGUUGUAGACAAAAUAUGGCCCAAUCUCCAAACUGGAUUCCUGGAUACCGUUGCUGUCAUCCGUGAAGCAACAGUGAAGUCUAUUAUUCUGCUCUCACCAAAGUUCAAUGAGCGCAUCCUGAAUAACGAUCUUCUCCGUCAUCUCGCCAAAAUGCAGUCCGACCCCGAGCCUUCAAUCCGUACCAAUACCUGCAUUUUGAUGGGACGUCUGGCUCCAUCCCUCGGUUACCACACGAAGCGCAAGGUUCUUGUGCCAGCGUUUGUUCGCGCUCUGCGCGAUCCCUUCGUACACGCCCGUGUGGCUGGUUUGAUGGCCUUUAUGGCGUCGAUCGAUUGUUUCGACAUUGAGGAGAUUGCCACCAAGGUGAUCCCGAACGUAGCAGGGUCCAUGAUCGACAAGGAAAAAUUGGUCCGCGAUCAAGCAUUCAAGGCUAUCGAACUCUUUGUUAAGAAGCUCGAGGAACAUGCAGCAACAAUGCCGGAAACUGUAAUCCCGCCGGAAGGACACGCACCCGUGCCAGUCAACGGAGCAACUGGCAUCCCCGGUCACAGUACGCUCGUCAACUCGGCUGCCGGAGCCGCGGGCGCAUUGGCGGGAUGGGCCAUUAACUCUUUGGGAAAGAAAGUGAGUAAUGCGGACGUAUUCGAUGACGGUGCUAAUCUUCAAUUGCAUAGCUUGCCGCUUCCGAUAUGCAAACCGGAAUUGCCUCAACCACCUUGGACCAACUAA